AUUAAUUAAAUGAUGAUACAAGACAAUUCAUGCCACGUCUCACUAUUAUUUUCUAAAUUCUGUGCUAACAGAACCGGCUUCAGCUGAAGAAAGAGAGGAAUGAAGCGCCUUCUGCUUCUGUUUUUGUUCUUUAUAACAUUUUCUUCUCCAUUUCCCUCAGUCCGGAUGACGGAAAAUGAAGACAACGUGCAACUGGCUCAGGCAUAUCUCAACCAGUUCUACUCUCUUGAAAUAGAAGGGAAUCAUCUUGUUCAAAGCAAGAAUAGGAGUCUCAUAGAUGACAAAAUUCGGGAAAUGCAAGCAUUUUUUGGAUUGACAGUGACUGGAAAACUGGACUCAAACACCCUUGAGAUCAUGAAGACACCCAGGUGUGGGGUGCCUGAUGUGGGCCAGUAUGGCUACACCCUCCCUGGGUGGAGAAAAUACAACCUCACCUACAGAAUAAUAAACUAUACUCCGGAUAUGGCACGAGCUGCUGUGGAUGAGGCUAUCCAAGAAGGUUUAGAAGUGUGGAGCAAAGUCACUCCACUAAAAUUCACCAAGAUUUCAAAGGGGAUUGCAGACAUCAUGAUUGCCUUUAGGACUCGAGUCCAUGGUCGGUGUCCUCGCUAUUUUGAUGGUCCCUUGGGAGUGCUUGGCCAUGCCUUUCCUCCUGGUCCGGGUCUGGGUGGUGACACUCAUUUUGAUGAGGAUGAAAACUGGACCAAGGAUGGAGCAGGAUUCAACUUGUUUCUUGUGGCUGCUCAUGAAUUUGGUCAUGCGCUGGGGCUCUCUCACUCCAAUGAUCAAACAGCCUUGAUGUUCCCAAAUUAUGUCUCCCUGGAUCCCAGAAAAUACCCACUUUCUCAGGAUGAUAUCAAUGGAAUCCAGUCCAUCUAUGGAGGUCUGCCUAAGGUACCUGCUAAGCCAAAGGAACCCGCUAUACCCCAUGCCUGUGACCCUGACUUGACUUUUGACGCUAUCACAACUUUCCGCAGAGAAGUAAUGUUCUUUAAAGGCAGGCACCUAUGGAGGAUCUAUUAUGAUAUCACGGAUGUUGAGUUUGAAUUAAUUGCUUCAUUCUGGCCAUCUCUGCCAGCUGAUCUGCAAGCUGCAUAUGAGAACCCCAGAGAUAAGAUUCUGGUUUUUAAAGAUGAAAACUUCUGGAUGAUCAGAGGAUAUGCUGUCUUGCCAGAUUAUCCCAAAUCCAUCCAUACAUUAGGUUUUCCAGGACGUGUGAAGAAAAUAGAUGCAGCCGUCUGUGAUAAGACCACAAGAAAAACCUACUUCUUUGUGGGCAUUUGGUGCUGGAGGUUUGAUGAAAUGACCCAAACAAUGGACAAAGGGUUCCCGCAGAGAGUGGUAAAACACUUUCCUGGAAUCAGUAUCCGUGUUGAUGCUGCUUUCCAGUACAAAGGAUUCUUCUAUUUCAGCCGUGGAUCAAAGCAAUUUGAAUAUGACAUUAAGACAAAGAAUAUUACCCGAAUCGUGAGAACUAAUACUUGGUUUCAAUGCAAAGAACCAAAGAACUCAUCAUUUGGUUUUGAUAUCAACAAGGAAAAAGCACAUUCAGGAGGCAUAAAGAUAUUGUAUCAUAAGAGUUUAAGCUUGUUUAUUUUUGGUAUUGUUCAUUUGCUGAAAAACACUUCUAUUUAUCAAUAAAUUCAUAGACCUAAAAUAAACCUCAACAGGUCUUUUAAUAUAAAUUCUGCUUCAAAAUAGGAUAAAACCAUUCUUUAACAACAAGUUGCUAGUCCUAGUUCUAAAUAUCCAAAUUCAAUGGCCAUUUUGAGCUGCCUGAUUCUUUUAAUAGGAAGUUAUUAUGUAGAAACAAAAAUCUCUGACUGUACUUUAAGCCUAUUUCAUGCUUUGUGGACUUGGAGAAGACAUGUCUUAUAACUGAAUACUGAAAUAUUUAUUAAACCAAUCUUUAGCAUUCUAUUUUGUCUGGACCUUUGGAGUUUAAGAGCCCCAAUAAACUACAGUGCUCAUCCCUAUGCAUGUUCUGAACCCAUCAAUCAAGUAAGUUACUCCACCUCCCAAAGAGAAGGGUGACAGCCUGGAUAGAUGCAGGGUAAGUUACGUUAGAGGUUAUUCUCUGACAAGUAAGGAACUAGCAGAAGUAGGAGAGAAGUGUUCCCCCAGCCUCACAAACAUUGACCAAUGCAGUUAAACAUUCCUUAGGGAAUAUAAAAUUAAGUUUUCUGCACACUGAUUUCAGACACAAGAAAUGUGGGGAUUUUCAUCCUGUGUUUGUGGUAUAUGUGCAUCAUCUGAGCCUAUGGGUAGAAAGUUUCUGUACUCUCUGUUCCAUCAUGGAUUUGUUGACUUUCUAAAUGCUUAUGGCUUGAUUUUAUCAUUAUACCCUCAAAGUUAAGUGUUUAACAAAGUUCUUAAUAAAAUUUUUGACCCAGAAAA